AGGAGUGAAAGCGAAAGUCUGUGGGUACGAUACUGGCGGUGUAGGAUUUCACAAAGCGAGAAUGAUGUCGAUAGGACUAGACUUCGGUGGCAGGAAUGAUUUGACUCUACUCCUCGCUCAACUCAAAUGGAUCCAGGCGUAUUAGCACCUUGUCCGUGCAUGAAACGCGCAUUUAUUGGGGUGUACCUGCUGCUGUGGUAUAUGUGCUACUCCGCAGACCACAGCUGUCCUUGCGCAGAUAUCCCCAUCCCUCCACAUAACCUAACUAAGCCUCCAGUAUGGAACUGCUCCAACAGUAACAGUUUCCGUUACACGUGCAUCGAUGGAUAUGUGAGGAAAGUGGGGACCUCCAAUCUCAUCCGGUGUGUGGACAACAAGUGGACCCAACCCAAACUUGAAUGUAUAGACGACCCAAAGAAAGCAAGACCAAAAACCACUAAAUCUCCCACUUCAUUUGUGACUCCAAGCACCAUUUCAUCAGUGAGCUCAGAAACACAUCUAGAGACCACCUCCACUGCUCCUCCCCCACAGUACACUCUAACAUCUCCCACUUCGGCUGUGACUUCAAACGUACAUGUCAACUCCUCAGAGACCACCUCCACUUUCCCGCCUCCACAACACACUCCAGACAUUCCAAGCACAGCUUCAUCUCCACUGAUUCCUCAUUCAACUUCAACCAUCUCCUUCCCCGCAACCACAUCCAGGCCUAGUAACGUGAGCAGAACUACAUCUCCCAGCAGCCACUCCGGCAACGACACUUCUCUCUCUAUACAGGAAACCCAGUCUGUGGUCACUAGUGUCUUGUCAGUCGUAAUACUGCUCAUCAUCCUGGCAGCAAGCGCAGCAGGCUUUUGGUUAUACAAACGGAAAUCAAGAAACAGAACUCAAAGACCCCACACAGAAAGACCAAUAUCAGGGGAGGAAACUAUACCCAUGCAUCAACAAAACAGGAACACUUAAGGGCUACAGCGUAUCUCAUAGGAAACCUAAAUGUACACAACACAAUACUGGACUGACCACUGGCAUAUUUAUGUGUUUUAUGUAUUGUGCAUGAACAUUUUUGCUGAAUUUAAUCCAAGAAAUACAUUGAAGGUUAUUGUGUUGGUCAUGAAAAACUAUUAAAAUAAUUGUGAUGAAUAUACAAGAGAGCCUUUCUAUAAACCUAAACCUUUCAUUUUCAUGGAGACAAGCAGAUGAAGCCUUGUGAGCACAAAAGUAUGUUCCUGAAAAGACCCACUGUACAGUUUGAAGAGAGUGUUAUGUAAUAAAACUAUUGCACAAUUUCCCUCUUGUUUUUCUCUUUCCCCCAUCACAAAGUGUUAAAUUACCCACUCCCUUCUUGCAUUUAUUAAAAGGUUUAUUAAAUGUUAUUUUUCCCCUUUUCCUUUUCCAGCUUAUUAGUAAUCAAUUUAUAACAUCCAUCCAUCCAUUUUCUUCUGCUUAUCCGUGGCCGGGUCGCGGGGGCAGCAGUCUAAGCAGGGACUCCCAGACUUCCCUCACCCCGGACACGUCCUCCAGCGGGACCCCAAGGCGUUCCCAGGCCAUAUAACAUGCAAUUUUUUUUUUUCUUUUCGCUUACUAUUUUUCACUUUUUUUGUCAGUUUCUUGCUUUUUCUACUUUCCUUACUUAGCAUUUAUUAUUACUAUUUAUGUAUGGAACCUCACUAAAUGAUUUAUUUUUUAAAUGUUCCGCCCUUUCUCUCUUCUUUAGUUUUCUUUUUCUGUUUUAUUACUUAUCUACCCAUACACACACACUUGUGUGGAAUAAAAUUGCAUUAAGAGUG